ACCAUGACCAAAGGAUGCACAACCGUCACCAAGUACUUUCUCUUCCUCUUCAACCUCAUCUUCUUUGUCUUUGGAGCAUUGAUCAUGGGCUUUGGACUGUGGGUUCUCUUUGAUAACCAGAGCUUCAUUGCUGUUCUACAGGAAUCAUCAGACUCUGUGAAAGUGGCUUCCCAUAUUCUCAUCGGAGUGGGUUCCUUGUCAAUGGCCAUGGGCUUCUUUGGCUGCAUCGGAGCUAUCUACGAAAUUCGUUGCCUCCUUGGUCUGUACUUCACGUGCCUUCUGCUUAUUCUUAUUGCCCAAGUGACUGCUGGGGUUCUCAUCUACUUCCAAAGAGAUCCGUUAAAAAGUGAAAUGUCCACCAUCAUCAAGGGCAUGAUCGUCCAGUAUACCGGACAGAACAAAACCUCAGAACACACUUGGGACUAUAUCCAGAGAACGAUGAAGUGCUGUGGGUGGACGGGGCCUAUCAACUGGUCUGACAACAUGCUGAUCAAGAACAGCUCCCAGAACCUCUAUUCCUGUUCCUGUCGUAACGAAUCCUUGCCUGGCACCGACAUCAAGGUGGUGGGCCUGUGCGAGCACCUCUCAUCGGAACUUCCAGUCUACCAAACGGGUUGCAUGACCAGUGUGGAGAAAUGGCUCCUAGAGAAUUGUGGAGUAAUUCUGGGAAUAUGUGUCGGAGUGGCAGUCGUGGAGCUUCUUGGCAUGAUCCUCUCCAUGUGUCUGUGCAAGAGUAUCGUUCAGCAGGAUUAUACCAAAGUGUCUAAGUACUGA